UGUGAUAUCGCGAUACUUCACUCGGCGUGACUUCGUGUCCUUUGUGUGGAGCGGAGAGCAGCUAUCAGCCCUAGCUUAUUCUAUCCCAUAAUAACCUCUCUGUCAGUAACACGCAGCAGCUGCUCUGCCUUCUGUUAGCUCAGCAUCUGCACAACAUCGUGGAUCGAUCAAACAGCGUGAAGACCCGCCACCUGUCCGACAGCUACACUACAGGUACAGGGUUCAUCUCCUCUUCCUCACCUGUUCUGAAAGCUGCUUCCUCUCGGACGCACUGAACCACCUGAGUCGUCUCCAUGGCGCUAAGACGAGGACACAUCAGGUACCUGAAGGUGUGUGAGGUCCAGUCCUCUCAGAGUGAUGUCAGAGACGCUCAACACGCCUCUAAAGGAGCCGCUGUGAAGUCUCAGGAGCUGUACGAUAACGGGUACAGCAAGCAGAUGGUUGAUGAUGUCAUAAAGUCUCAGGAGCUGUACGAUAACGGGUACAGCGAACAGAUGAUGGAGGACGAAGACGCCAGAACCAACCUGAUCGUGAACUACCUUCCUCAGAGCAUGAGUCAGGACGAGCUGCGUUCUCUGUUCAGCAGCGUCGGAGACGUCGAAUCGGCCAAACUCAUCAGGGACAAAGUGGCAGGCCACAGUUUAGGUUACGGCUUUGUUAACUUUGUUAACCCUAGUGAUGCAGAGAGGGCUAUCAGUACCCUCAAUGGCCUGAGGCUACAGUCUAAAACUAUCAAGGUUUCGUUUGCGCGGCCGAGUUCGGACACGAUUAAAGAUGCUAACUUGUACAUCAGCGGGCUGCCGAGGACGCUGAGUCAGCAGGACCUGGAGGACAUGUUCACUCGAUUCGGACACAUCAUCAACUCCAGAGUGCUGGUGGACCAGGCCUCCGGUCUGUCAAGGGGUGUGGCCUUCAUCCGGUUUGAUAAGAGGUCCGAAGCAGAAGACGCCGUCAAACACCUGAAUGGGCACACGCCCCCCGCCAGCUCUGAGCCAAUCACAGUCAAGUUCGCUGCCAACCCCAAUCAGGCCAGGAACUCUCAGAUGAUGUCACAGAUGUACCACGGCCAAUCACGGCGCUUCGGAGGACCCGUGCAUCACCAGGCCCAGAGAUUCAGGUUUUCUCCAAUGAGCGUCGACCACAUGAGCGGAGGGGGCGGAGUCAGUGGGAACUCGUCCGCCGGUUGGUGCAUCUUCAUCUAUAAUCUGGGACAGGAUGCAGAUGAAGCCAUCCUGUGGCAGAUGUUCGGGCCGUUCGGCGCCGUGGUCAACGUGAAGGUGAUCCGAGAUUUCAACACCAACAAGUGCAAAGGCUUCGGCUUCGUCACCAUGACGAACUAUGAGGAGGCCGCCAUGGCGAUCCACAGCCUGAACGGAUACCGACUGGGAGACAAAGUCCUGCAGGUGUCCUUCAAGACCAGUAAGGGACACAAGUAGGGGGGGUCCUGCAGGUAGACCAGUACAGGUUAGAGGGGGGGGGGUCAGAGUCCUGCAGGUAGACCAGUACAGGUUAGAGGGGGGGGGGUGUCAGAGUCCUGCAGGUAGACCAGUACAGGUUAGAGAGGGGGGUUGGAGGGGGGGGGUCUUGAUUCUCUGUUGAGAAGAAACAAACAACUCAUUUUUUUUCUGUCAGUCCAGCCGAACAGUUUUCAGCAGUUUUGUGUCAAUGUGUAUUAUUUUUUUUCUCCCAGCAUGCCUUGUUUCUUUCAGGCUGUAUGACAUCACUUGUUUCUGUGAAUAUUGUGGAUAUUGAUCCCAGAUGGCGGACGGUGAGAGUGUGGCAGACGUCUUUGUAACGUAAUGAAUCUAAAGAUACUGAACACAUCCUCAGAGGUCAGAGGAGUCGGCCCUGCAGACAUCACAAUUCAAAUCUAUAGAAUGUGAUUAUUGAAGGUUUACAGAGCUUUGUUUUAAUAUUUCUAAAGAAGUCCUCGUCAAGCCACCGACACGUCGUGAGUGUCAGGUGACUGACAGCUUUCUUGGCCAAUGAGCACGCAGGAGAGCAGCUCCAGGUCACAAACAGUUUGUUGUGUUUUAACAAACAGAUUUGAUUUCAUAUUUUUACAGAUGGUUUCCAGGUAAAACCACCUGACCCUAACCCGUCUAACCCCUAACCCACCUGACCCUACCUGUAACCCUGACCCUAACUCUAAAACCACCUAACCCUAACCCGCCCAUCCCCUAACCCA